UUUUCGGUUCUUGGCGUACGUCAUCAUCAGGCGACCACAUUCUGAACAGUAAAGAAGAAGAAAUGGCUGCAAGGUUAAUGCUGCGCUCCGCUGUUCGAGCCGCUACGACCCUCCGGACUGGACCGGUCCCCGCUCUGAGCCGCGGCAUGGCGGCAGGAGGGAUUCCCACCGACGAGGAGCAGGCCACGGGGCUGGAGAAGAUCGUCAUGACGGCCAUGAAGGAGGGGAAGGAUCCCUACAGCAUGCUCAAGCCAAAGGAGUACGCUGGCUCCAAGGUUGACCCACACAUUGUUCCCUCCAUCACCAACAAGAGGAUUGUGGGAUGUCUCUGUGAAGAAGACAACUCGCUUGUGAUCUGGUUCUGGCUUCACGAGGGCGAGGCCCAGCGCUGCCCGUCCUGUGGUGCCCACUACAAGCUGGUGCACCAUCAGAUCCCACAUUAAUUUAAUUAACUAAAAAAAGAUGUCUCACUCUGCUGCAUCUGCAGUUUUAGCUCAUUGUUAAAUAUUCCUUCAGAACAACUGGUAGUGGAACCAGACAGGAAUCUGCAGGAGCAUGUUUGGUUCUGAAUACAUUGUGUUCUAUGAGUUUGUUUUGUUCUGCCUCAAUACUUGAUCAACCUUCUUACCUCAGUAGUCUUCACAUGUUACAUUCAGAGGGAUCAGGUGGUUUAGGGCACAAGUGUUUGGGAACAUUUCCAUUCAGCAGAUGUUUACAUCCACACUGAACUGUCCAAUGUUCCUCACGUCACAUUUCCAAUAAAAUUCUAAAUCUA